AUGGUGAAGACUUUUCAUGUCUACUUUGGAUCGAACAGUGGUGGAACUAGUCGCUGUAGUAGUACGGGUUCUAAUGGUAGCACUGAGUCUUCCGACGCUUCUACUAGCAAUGUUCCUAUUGAUGAAAGGACCUACAGCUGUAUACACUGUCGUGCUCAUCUGGCUCGUCAUGAAGAUCUCAUUUCUAAAUCAUUCCAAGGCACUCAAGGACGCGCCUAUUUAUUUGAUUCUGUUGUUAAUGUCACCUCAGGAAAGGCUGAAGAACGACUCCUUUUAACUGGUAGGAAUAUUUUUCUGAUAGAAUAA